UCGCGGUCCCCCCCCUGCAUUCGGUUCUGUGCGGAGGAGCCGGAGCAGAGCGGAGCCAUGUCCGGGGAGAAAGCAGGCCUGCCAGAAGCGGCCCCUCACGCCUCACCACCCCCCUACAACCCACCAAUGCAGCCACCGCCACCUCCUCCCACCACGGCCGCACCGCCACCCCUGUUGCCCCCCCACUCGGGCACGGCCACCCUGCCCCGGCUGGGGGGCGGAGGGGGGGCCGCCACUCUGCCCCGGCCCCCUCCAGCCUCGGCCACACUGCCCCGGCCCCCGCCCCAUGCCCAUGCUGCCACCCUGCCCCGCCUGCCCCCUGACCCCUACCUGCAGGAGACCCCCUUUGGGGGUGGGGCUGGGGCUGGCGGGGGUGGGGCUGCACCUGGCUCAGCACCCCAGGGCUAUGUGGUGCCCACCCACCCCUCUGUGGGGCCACUGCCGCUGGGGGGCUACGUGCAGCCUGGCUACCCCCUGCAGCUGCAGCCCUGCACCGCCUACCUGCCCGUCUACCCUGUUGGCACGCCCUACCCACCCACGAGCCCCCCGCCAGCCCCGGGGGCGCCUGCCCCCACGCUGCCCCCUGGCCUGGCCCUGCUGGAGCCACGUCGGGCGCCUCAUGACUACCUGCCCAUCGCUGUGCUCACCACCAUCUGCUGCUUCUGGCCUACUGGCAUCAUUGCCAUCAUCAAGGCUGUCCAGGUGCGAACGGCGGUGGCGCGGGGUGACAUCGUGUCUGCCGAGAUUGCAUCGCGGGAGGCGCGGAACUUCUCCUUCAUCAGCCUGGCCGUGGGCAUUGCCGCCAUGGUGCUCUGCACCAUCCUCACUGUCGUCAUCAUCAUCGCUGCCCAGCACCACGACCACGACUGGGACCCCUAGCCCCACCCCUGGGCCCCAGGCCCUGCCCCCGUCCCUGCAGUGCCACGCCCUGCCGGCCUAGGCCACCCCCGCUACCCACAAUCCUUUGCGCCUCCCCUGUGGCUGCUCGACCCUCCUCCCUCGGCAGGAGGCGGCCUAUGAUGCCUUGUGCCGGCCUGCUCCGAGCUCCGCCCUCUGCCUCUCAGGCCACACCCCCCUCUCCGCCAAUGCCAGGCUAGGCCCCGCCCCUCUCUAGGGCUCUCUGGGGCGGCGACCCAUGACCCUUUGCCCCAGCAUGGGCUCCGCCCCUCUGUGCGGAAGCUACACCCACCUGGGCCUUAAGCCCCACCUCCUUUACCCUGUCCCGAUGCCCUGGGCCUUGACCCCUCUCCACUUUUGGAGUGGGGCUCCACCCUCUUGCUAGAAGGCCCAGCACCCUCUCUGGCGCCGCCUGGCCUGUGUGAUCUCCAGUGCCAAACCCCACUCCUUUGAUGUAAGCCCCGCCCCUCAGAACCCCCAUGCCAUGUCCAUCAACCAGCCACACCCCCUACCUGCAAGCCCCUCCCCCUAUUAGCCCCACCCCACCCACCUUGCCUGUCUACACCCCCCCUCCUCACCCCAGCUGGGCUGUGGGUCAGGAGUGAGGGGCACCAUAAGGGUUAGGGGGAGCUACAGGCUGGGAAUGAAGGGCACCAGCUGGGCUGGGGAGAGGUGGGGGGGGGUGCGGGUUGGGAGUGAGGGGCACUGGCAGGGCUGGAGGGUGGUCAAUGUUGUCUGGUCCAUUGUAUCCUAGCCCCCCAAUUCUGCUCUCCCAGGAGUGCCCCCUUUCCCUUCCCCUUCCCCCCCACCCCCCCUUUGGCCGUGUUGGUCUUUCUGUGACUGGUGGAAUCGAAACAAAUCUUCUCUAUAUUAAUAAAAACACUUGGAUAUUU